AAACUGUACAACGUCUUCUUCUUUUGAAAGCCCUAGAUAGAGACGAAAGAUCACGGAUUGUGAAUCGGGUGGCGUUGUACGGUCUGAUUGUCGGUCUAUUAAUAAUCUGCUCCGACCCAAAUCAGGAGUUUUGAUUUGGAGAAACCUGAUUCUUUCAGGCUGUGAUGCACAUAGAUAAAUAACCUAAUAGAACAUGAGUACUCGAGGAGCUAGAGUGCCUCUUGUAAGAGGAGGACCUGUAAGGAACUCAAGGAGAAGAAAGGUUCCGCUGGAUGUAGAUCUGAAUGCGCCACCUAUUGAGAGCCAUGAUCAAGGCAUGUCAUCUCAUCAGGCCACUGCACAGGACGUGCAAAGUGUUGUAGAAUUGUCGGUACCAACAAUUGAUGUUGAGGCAUUGGAUGAUGAUGUUGUUAUAUCCUCUCCCCGAACAUUUGCUGAAGCUAAAAACAAUUCCAGAUUUAAUCGCAGGACAGUUGUAGUUGAUCUUGAUUCAGUGGAAAGAUCUCCAACAGGCCGUGGAAAGCGUAGAAGAGGUUCGGGUGCCCAAACAGUCAUAAAUUAUGAUCAAUAUGUGAACUUGGAAGGAAGUAGUAAUUCCAUGACAGGGAGUAGACGUGAGUCUUUGAUUGUGCAACCUCCACCAGAGCCUACCUUCACUUGCCCAGUGUGCAUGGGAACAUUGGAAAAUGAAACAUCCACCAAAUGUGGCCAUAUCUUUUGUAAGAAAUGCAUCAAAUCUGCGAUUGCUGCUCAGGGGAAAUGCCCCACCUGUAGGAGGAAAAUUACCAUGAAGGAUACAAUUAGGGUCUUCCUUCCAAAGACAGAGUGAUUAAGGUUCUUCAUAAGUUUGGCAUGGAGGAGCAGGAGUCCCAGGUUGUAGUUGUAUCUCUCUAUCUGUGUCUCAUUCUCAUUCAUUUUCGAGAAAUCGCAAUGGAAGUUGGGAACUUGUUGAAAACUUAAUUGGGUUUAAAAACAUGAACUUUAACUAUUGCUAAACAUGACAUGUAAAUUGGCCAUAGUUAGAUUUGCUUACAGUAUUAUAGAGCUAAAACAUUUGACUUGUUCCUGCUAAACUUACAUUAAAAACUGGUUUCAUUUCAAUCUGAUUGUACUUU